AUGGCUAGUCCCCUGAUGGCUGGGCAGCUGGCCGACUUGGCGGGAAAAUACCCGGAUAAGUUUGGGAACAAUGCGUUCCUAAAAGCGUGGCCGUACGCACCACCAGCCAUUCUCAGCGGAUGCAUCAUGCUGUUGGCCUUCUUUGCUGUAUUCCUUUUCCUAGAAGAGACACUUGAGCCUUUGAAAGAUAGAUACGAUCCUGGGGUUGCCUUUUCCCGAAGAGUUCGAUACCUUUUGUUUGGGACCAAGAUUUCGAUAUCAACUAGAACAAGCCAUGAGGAUGCCACUGACGAAGAGAUGUCACAUAUGAUUGUGGAAGACUCAGACCCAUCCGAGAGGGAUUCCGAAGAGCGAAAGUCACCAAUGAAGACCGUUAAGACGACACCCAUGAUCCUGCCAACCAAGCGAAUGUUCACCAAAAACAUGUGUCUCACGCUUGUAUCAUACGCAAUCCAAGAGUACCACAUCACGACAUACAACACCCUAUGGACAAGUUUUCUCAGCGACCCGGUUGACAAAGAAGGCAAACUGAAACUCCCUUUCUUUUUCUCCGGCGGAGCUGGCAUGAAGCCAGACCAAAUCAUGUGGUCUCUUUUCAUUGUCGGAAUGAUGGGGUUGCCCACACAGUUGUUCAUCUAUCCCCGCAUCAGCCGUCGUCUCGGCACUUUAAAGAUGUGGCGCAAGUUCAUGCUUGGGAUGCCGCUACUCUACUUCAUCUUGCCUUACAUCGCAGCUAUGCCCUCGACUACGCCCCCUCCAGCCGGCAAAACUGGCUUCAUGGUGUGGUUCCUCAUCAUUCUAGUCCAAAUCAUGAUGGUGGGGACGUCCACCUUCGUGGUACCAGCACAACUUGUUCUGACCAAUCUGUCUUCGCCGCACCCAUCUGCUCUAGCACGAACCCACAGUAGCGCAUUCUUGUUGUCUGGUUUGAUGAGGUCAGCGACUUCAUCCAUAGCGGGAAUUGUGUAUAGCUACGGGUCAUCCCAUAAUAUCACUGGCUUGGUCUGGUGGAUCGCAAGUGGUGUUGCAGUCCUGGGGUGUCUAAAUAGUCGCAUUGUAAACGAAGGGAACGGCCACGAAAUCUGGCUGACUGGUGAUACUGAAUAA